UUUUUAAAGAUCCUUCAUGCUACUUCUACUUACAUUGUCUUAGAAAUUCCGGAGGAAUUACUUGUCUUUUUCUCAAACUCACUUGCAAAAAUCUUCUUUCUUCUUCUUCCCCAACAAACUGACCGAGGUACACUCUUUUUCACCAGUUUUUCAUCUUUUGUCUCUGCAUUUGGGGAUAUUUGGAUUAGGGUUUUUUUGAUUUGGGGAUUUUGUUUGGGUUGAUUUGGGGGAUUAGGGUUUUUUCUGGCUAAAAGGAAGCCUAAACAAGAUGCAGCAGCCACCGCAAAUGAUUCCUGUGAUGCCCUCGUUUCCACCCACUAAUAUCACCACCGAGCAGAUUCAAAAGUAUCUAGAUGAGAACAAGAAGUUGAUUUUGGCAAUUUUGGACAAUCAGAACCUUGGAAAACUUCCUGAAUGCGCACAGUAUCAAGCUCAGCUGCAAAAGAAUUUGAUGUAUUUGGCUGCAAUUGCUGAUGCCCAACCACAGACAGCACCAACAAUGCCUCCUCAGAUCGCCCCACAUCCUGGAAUGCAACCAGGAUAUUUCAUGCAACAUCCUCAGGCUGCAGCACUGGCUCAGCAACCUGGCCUUUUCCCCCCAAAGAUGCCCAUGCAAUUCAAUAACCCACAUCAAAUACAAGAUCCGCAGCAACAUCUGCACCAGCAACAUCAAGCCAUCCAAGGACAAAUGGGGAUCAGACCUGGAGGGCCAACUAAUGGCAUGCACCCAAUGCAUGCUGACCCAACUCUUGGAGGGGGCAGUGGUGGUCCCUCGCUAGCUACUGGUCCAAAUGACUUACGUGGUGGAAACAAGCAAGAUGGCAGUGAUGCAGGCGCUGAUGGCCAGGGCAACUCUGGUGUUGGUCAUGGCGGUGAUGGAACAGACGAGGCAAAGUGACUCUCCUGACAAGUGAUUUUAAUUUUAUAACUGUUUCUGUGGAUAGUAGGCUUUUCUUAAAGUAGGACUGUUGUUGUUUUUGUGAUAAUUUGAUAGAACGUUGGUAACUUUGAAAUUUCUUGUUGCCAUUUAAUAUUCCCAGUUUAGGUAGGUAACGUAUGUUAUGGUCCCCCGCAUGCCAAUGGAUUCGUGCAAACUUAGGAGCAGUUAGGUUGGACGGUUUUUUGUUGUGAAAGGUUGAGGUUUAAAGCAUGCGCUCGAAUCUUUCAUGUCCGUCAUCUUGUAAUAGUAACUGAUAAAUGCAUUCAGUUUGUCCUUGUGACCCAGUUGAAGCUUUUCUUCAUUUCUGGUAGAUGCUUAGAUACAAGUGUUUGUUGUC